AGUUUCGUCCAACUCGGAAGGCGGACAACGGCUAUAAAGCAAAACAACACACCAUCUCGCCUUUCUCUUCCAUACCACCACCAUCCCGUUUCAUCGUCUGCACGACGCCGCUUGUCGUCUCCACAGCAAUACAUCACCAUCAUCCAGCUGCAUCGACAGUCUUUCAGUAUAUAUCUGUUUGCUUUCAUAGUGCUCAUCAUUCAUCAUGGCCACCGCGAACCCCUCGUCCUCUGCAGCGCCUUCACGAGUAACUCUCUCGCUCGGCCAUCUGCCUAGCAAGAAAGAUAUCAAAGCGCCUUGGCCCAGAACCCCGACCCGCGUCGACCCGAACAACCCUCCUUGGCCCGCCUACCGUGGAUAUCACGAAUACUCUUUUGCCCAUGCUACUAUGCAGUCCCGUUUGCCGACUAUCCUCGGAAAGGCAAUCGAGGAUGCUACUCGCACUCUUAACGAGCAGUCGUCCGAAGAAAAGAUUAUCGACCUUGUUCAAUGCAUAGAACGCAUGGAAGCCCUCAUGGUUGACCUCAGUGGCAACAAGAAGCUUCGUCCUAUUAUAGACGAUAACGAGGCCGAUGUCGCUCUUUGGAACAAGGAGAUUGCCAAAUACUUUCAGGGCAAGGACUUCAUGAAUGCGCCUUGGCUAUUCGCUGAGGCAUAUAAAUACCGAAGGUUACGCGAAUGCUUCAGCAUCAGUAAAUUCUGGUCCGAUUAUGAUGUCUUUUAUAGGCAGAAGUGUGAUACAUUCUCCCGUUCCGCAGAAGCCGUGUUUGAAUUAUCCAUGCGCUUCGCUGAACCUUUUACACUCUCCGAGAACCUUACGGCCGCUGAAAAGCUCGAAGCGGAGCGUCAUAUGUUCCUCGAAUUGACUCAGGUCUGCUUAUGGGGCAAUUCCACGGACCUUUCCUUGCUCAUCAAUAUGACGGAAGAACAAAUUAAGGCGUUACAAUCUACGGGAGGCGAUCAUCUUGCAGCAACCGAGAAGAACAUCCUCGGAAAUCACCUCAACGAGCUCUGGGAUGUUGUUAAGCAGUCUCGUGACAAUACGGGAGGUAGAUUUGACUUCGUCCUUGAUAAUGCAGGUUUCGAGUUGUACUGCGAUUGUGUUUAUGCCGACUUUUUGUUGCAAAGUGGGUUAGCCAAGCAGGUACACUUCCAUGGGAAACGAUACCCUUGGUUCGUGUCAGAUGUAACACGGAAAGAUUGGGACUGGCUGCUCAACUCUAUGGUUUAUGGCCAACUUUUCCCGAAGGCAUCUGAUGUAGAGAUAGAGUCUCUUCGAAGGCUGGGUCAGCGUUGGAAGCGCUACGAGAAAGAAGGAAAGUGGGUAUACGAACAGCAUCCCUUCUGGUGCACCGGAUACACUUUCUGGGAUCUUCACUCCGAGGCUCCCGAUCUCUUCCUCCAUCUGUCGCGAUCAGAUCUCGUCGUCUUCAAGGGAGACCUGAACCACAGAAAGUUGACCUACGACUGUGCGGCGCCUGCUAGUACACCCUUUGACGUUGCUAUUGGUUCGAUGGCUAGCGCAGCCGGGGCCCCUCGCGUGGCCAGUCUUCGAACAAUCAAAUCUGAUGUCGUUGUGGGUCUCGGCGUUGAUGGUGACGAGAUUGCGGAGAAGCUGGAUAACGACGAACCAGGCUGGAAAAUCAGUGGAAAAUACGCUGUUGUACUUCUGUCAGAAGGUCGUCCCGGAGAGAAAGUUCGCUUUGCUUAGUGGGAAUUGGAUUGAAGUUGUACUUUAUAGAUUGUCAUUGUUUAAACGUUUACCGCUCAGCACUGCAUUGUAGGAUUCUUCACCGCAUGUCAUGUACUUAGUCUUCCUAUUGGGACACACAUGCUGGGACUAAAUAUUCAAAGCUCGGGGCAGAAGUUUACCGGGUUUCUACAAAAUAAUGAAAAUCGAUCGAACUUUUUUUCGGCUGCCCAAUAUAGUAAU